AUGUCAGCCACUAAUAAUAUAGCCCAGGCCCAGAAGCUGGUGGAACAGCUCCGCAUCGAAGCUGGGAUCGAGCGCAUCAAGGUCUCCAAAGCCUCGUUGGGACUCAUGAGCUACUGUGAGCAGCACGCCCGGAACGACCCUGUGCUGGCCGGAGUCCCUGCCUCCGAGAAUCCCUUUAAGGACAAGAAGCCCUAUAUUAUCCUCUAG